AUGUAUACGGUCGAAGCAUUCUUUGACGUCGCGGCUAAGACUGCUGCCGAAGGGAAGCCGCUCCUCUUACCAGCUGCACCAAACACCAUCGUCCACGCCCUCCAUGUAGAUGACUGUGCGGAAGCCUACGUCGCCAUCGCUACGCAUCCAAACAGGAAAGAGGUCGAGGGGCAAACAUUCAACAUCUCAGCCCAACGAUACGAGACGGUCGACGAAGUGGCGCAAGCUUUGACGGUUGAGUACGGUAUUCAGGGCGGCCUCCAAUAUGUCGACUCCUCUACUCUGAAAGAAGGAGAGGACCCAUGGCCGCCGGGAAUCAUCAGCUUCCCUCAGUGGACCGACUCGACGAAACUGACAAGUCUUACCGGCUGGAAACACCACCGCCCGCUGUUCUCGGAAUCGAUUCAUGUUUACCGUUUGGGCUACGAGGCAACCAGCGUGGCCGGGCAUGAGAACAUCUCCAAGACCAGUGGGAUCCUGCAAGCCUGGACAAGACAGACUCGGCCUACUAGCGCCAGCGCUAAGGGAUGA